GUCAUCCCGCCAAGCUGGCCAGGCCAGGCAGGUGCGCGGGUACUGACGUCUUGAUCCUCCCUCUGCCUCUCCCUCUCCCUCUCCAACGCCGGCUAGCUCGAGCAUCAUCACGAUGCCCGUCCAGCAGCAUGUCUUGAACUGGCUGUACAGCGUCCUCACCAGCGAAUACCACGAUGUGAACCGCGCAUACAACGACGUCGCCCAGGCGCUCACCCAGUAUCCCUCCCUCACGCCGCGAACAGAUGUGCAUACCUUCUCGAAUGGCGCCAAUGCUUUGCUCCUCCACCUCAUUGGCACCCUCCCCGUCAACUUCCGCGGCACCACCUACCGAUUCCCAGUCUCGAUAUGGGUCCCUCACGCAUACCCACGAGAGCCACCUAUGGUCUAUGUUGUGCCCACAGAGAACAUGAUGAUCCGCCCAGGCCAGCACGUCGAUCCCCAGGGCCUCGUGUAUCACCCGUACCUCGUUCGGUGGGCUGAGUUCUGGCAUAAAUCGAAUCUACAAGACUUGUUGGGAAUCGUGACCGAUAUCUUUGCCAAAGAACCUCCCGUCAUCUCCCGACAGCAAGUAAACUCGGCCCAGGUUCCUCAGCCGGGGCCGACUCCACCUCCGGUCCCGCCCCUGCCUCCGGGCAUGGCUCCACGCCCGACUACACAAGACCAGCCCGCCGCUGAGCAACAACGUCCGCCUCCGCCACCCCCUAAGGGUCCUCAGAGCAUACCAUCCAAUCCGCAGAGCCCAAUCCCAGCUGGACCACCUCUCUCUCCACUUCCCCAGGGCUCUCCUGCCGACUCUCACCGGCCAUCGCGUUACGAUUCCGCUCCUCCUUUGCCACCUCAGGCCAGCAGUGGAGAGUCUUUAGACCCUAGAUUUGCCCGGCCUCCCGUACAUCAUCAAGCAAGUCAUGCGCCAGCCCCAGAGCACGCAAGGGCUAUGCAACCCCAUUACUUCAAUCCUGCCCAAUCGCAAACACCAGUCACUCAGCGGCAAUGGCAGACGCCGCAGCAGCCGCAAACGUGGAGCCAGGCGCCUCCACCACCCCAAGCCCAGGCGAAGCCCCCUCCCCCUCCUGAUCUACUCGACGAGCCCCUAGCUCUAAACGUCCCGACCGCCUCAACCAUUCCUGCUCCGCCUAUUCCUCCUAACCCUGAAAAGGAUGCUCUACUUCACCAGCUAGCUCAAACGCUGUGCACAAUACGAGUACGCGCUCGACAGCAAAACGACUCCAGUAUGGCAGGUCUACAAGCGCAGCGAACGGCCAUGUUGUCAGCCAUGCCAGUCUUGCACUCGGAGGCGGGACAAUUAGCGCAACUUUCAAGCAUCCUCACGUCAAACUCGAAUAUUCUACAUGACGCACUACACCAGGCAGAUGGUGUAAUUGAAGGAUCGAGAAAUCACCCACUCCCCGACGUGGAUGAGCUACUAGUGGCGCCAACCGUGGUGGCCAACCAGCUUUAUACGUUGGUGGCAGAGGAGAGAGCGUUGGGAGAUGCGAUCUUCAUGCUUGGACGUGCAGUGGAGCGAGGCCGCAUUUCGCCUGCCGUUUUUGCUAAAAUGACAAGGUCUCUCGCUCGCGAAUGGUAUUUGAAGAAGGCCCUGGUGCGUAAGAUUGGGCAAGGAAUGGGAUUGGCAUCGUGACGCGGUGAAGAGUAUAAUGAUCUGUCAUCACGGA